AUGUCUUUUCUUAUUUCUAUUUUCAUUCUUGUCAUCGUCUACAAGCGUAUUCAUCCAUUAAUAUCAAAUGUUCCAGUUCUACUUACAUGCAAUACAUACCUUACUUUACUCUUUGGAGCUUUGAUGAUGGUCAUUAUAUAUAGUUAUAGUAUAUAUGGUGAUAUAUAUGCUUCAGAUUCAUGUAAUAAUUAUUUAUGUCAAUUACAUGGCUAUUUUAUUCAUGUUUUUAUAUGUGCAUUUUAUUAUUCAUGUGUUCUUCAAGCUAUUCUUCGAUUAUUUCGAAUAGUCUUCUAUAAACAGAAGAGAUUACAAUCACAUCAUCUUUUCUUUAUUGGAAUAAUUAUUCAAUGGCUUAUAUCUUUUCUUUAUAUUCUUAUUCAUCUUCUUACAAAAGAUUUUGAAUAUUCAUCUUUUGCACAUAGUUGUUGGAUUUCUUUUAAAAAUAUUCGUGCACUUUUUCAAGCUUUACUUAUCAUGUAUGUUGGUCCGAUAUCAAGCGUAUGUCUAAUAUAUGCUUAUAUCAUCCGAUAUACUCGUCAAACAAUUCAUAUUCAACAGCAACGACAAAUUCUUAAUAGACGAGACAUACUUGUUCUUAAACGCAUUCUUAUUGUUGUACUGGUUGCAAUGGGCAUUGGUAUAGCCACAGUAUUUACAUUGAUGAACUAUAUUAUUACUAAUUAUUUGAUUCCAAUAGCUUAUCAUUUACAAGGAUUGAGUAUAUCAGGUGGAUUUAUUAUAGGAUCUAUUAGUUUUGCAUUUAUUACACCACAAAUACAUAAUAUAUUUAAAAUGAGACAACGAAGAGUAAAUCCUGCAACUAUGAUCACAAUAACUUCUCGACGACCGCACUAA